AUGGAUAACCUCCACGAGUCGUUGGGUUCCGAGACAGGUAUUCACCCCACCAAGGAGCGUACUCUGAUGGCCAGAUGGCGUUACCCCUCUCUGUCCAUCCACGGUAUCGAGGGCGCUUACUCGGCCCCCGGUGCUAAGACGGUCAUUCCCGCCAAGGUCAUUGGUAAAUUCUCCAUCCGUACCGUGCCCAACAUGGAGAGCGCCGAUGUGAACAAGCUGGUCUUCGACCACAUCAAGGCUGAGUUCGCCAAACUGAACAGCAAGAACACUAUGGAUGUUUGGCUGCAGCACGACGGCAAGUGGUGGGUCGCCAGCCCCAAGCACUGGAACUUCUCGGCUGCUGGCAAGGCUGUUCAGCAGGUAUUUGGAGUCGAGCCUGAUAUGACUCGCGAAGGUGGAAGUAUUCCUGUCACAUUGACCUUCGAGCAAGCCACCGGCAAGAACGUCUUGCUCCUCCCCAUGGGAAGCUCGACUGAUGCCGCCCACUCUGUGAACGAGAAGCUUGACAAGAAAAACUACAUUGAGGGAACCAAGCUUCUGGGAGCUUACCUGCACUACGUUGCCGAGGAGCCUACCUCUUCGUAA